AAGCCAUCCUCUUCGUAUGAUAUUGUUUAAGCUUCCCUCUUAAUAAUAUACUAGUAUAUCGUACAUUUAGAUUUUAUCAUGGUAUCAGAGCCAAAACCUGGAAAUAAAAAUUUUGGUCCUCUUUAGAGAUUUCAUAUCUCUUAUCUCCUUCCACCGAAAUGGCAAAAAUGCCACUUCACUCUCGUAGUUGGAUAAUUGAUUCCGGAGCAAGUGAACAUAUCACUUGUGAUGAUAAUGAUAUGUUCAACAUUUUUGCUCAUCCACCUGAACCAGCUGUCAGAAUCCCUAAUGGCGAUUCAAUUCCCGUUUCUGCUGUUGGUAGUCUAUAUUUAUCCAAUGGAUUCUAUCUUCGGCGGGUUUUAUAUGUUCCACAGUUUAAAUGCAAUUUGCUCUCUGCUAGUCGUCUCACUAACGAUCUUAAUUGUACACUCACAUUUUUCUCCAACUUUUGUAUAUUACAAGACUUAGCUUCAAGGAAGCUAAUUGGUAUGGGAAGAUUCUGUAAUGGGUUGUAUUACCUGGAAUCACCAGAAGGUAAAGGAGCGGCGAUGUCGGCUGUUCUUAAUACCGAUUUAUGGCAUCAACGUUUGGGACAUGCUUCAGAUGGAAAAUUACAAUACAUCACAUUUCUUAAGGGUUUCCGAAACAACAGUAAUUUUUGCGAUCCCUGUUUGAGAGCCAAACAAACUCGUCUCUCCUUCCCCAAAAGUACAAGUAAGACCACUUGGUGUUUUGAAUUAAUACACUGUGAUAUAUGGGGAGGUUAUAGAUGUGAUUCUACAUCAAGAGCACGAUAUUUUUUGUCUAUUGUCGAUGAUUUUACCCGAGGUGUUUGGGUCUAUCUCAUGAAAAAUAAAUCUGAAGUUGGUCAAAAAUUGAUACAAUUUUGCAACAUGAUAGAAAAUCAAUUUGACAAGCGAGUUAAAUGCAUACGUUCAGAUAAUGGAAUGGAGUUUCAAACCAAUCUUUUAUCUGAAUAUUAUAAACGUCAAGGAAUUAUUUUGGAAACGUCGUGCACAGAUACUCCUCAACAAAAUGGGGUUGUAGAGCGUAAACAAAGACAUAUUUUAGAAGUUGCAAGGGCCCUUCGUUUUCAGUCCGGGUUACCCAUUGAUUUUUGGGGAGAAUGCAUUCUCACCGCUGUUUAUAUCAUCAAUCGGCUACCGUCACAAGUCAUUUUAAAUAAAAGUCCUUAUGAAAUGUUGUUUGGGAAAGAGCCCAAUUAUGAACAUUUACGUGUUUUUGGUUGUUUGAUAUAUGCACACAACAACAAACAUAAAGAUAAAUUCAGCGAAAGGGGGAGUCCUUGUAUUUUUCUUGGGUAUCCCUAUGGCCAGAAAGCUUAUAGAGUUUUUGAUUUGCAAAAACAUGAUAUUUACAGUUCACGUGAUGUUACCUUCUUUGAAAAUGAAUUUCCAUUUAAGAAAAUUGAACAUGAAGGGUUGGAUUUUUGUUCAAUUGUGGACCGUGCAUAUCAAAAGGUUGUGGACCAAAGUGGAAUGCCAUCACAGCCUACCAGGCUAUCAUUUGGACAUCAGCCUGGAAACUUCUCAUCAAUGGACCCCACUAAUAAUGUGGAAAUCUCCAAGGAGCCGCAACAUAAUUCUUUGAUUGAGCAGCGACGUGAGAACUUCUCCGCCGAUCAGCAACCGGCGGACUUUGCUGGCGAACAACCUGGUUGCUUCUCUGCCGCGCAACAGCCGGGGAACUCAUCUCCGGCGAGCAGCGAUCUGGACAUCAUAUGCGGCCAGCGAUCUCCUCUAAGACCUCUACAACAGCCUGGACAAUAUCUCCCUCCACAAGACUGUUGCACAGUCGGCACUCCUGUACGACUGACCAAAGGCAAAGGUGAGGACAGAACUGAAGAAAAUGCCAGGUCAACUGGAGGCCACCUGGAGCAGCUCACCCCCCAGACGGACGAACGUCCCCACUAAUUAGGCGGGAAACCUAGAUUCUGGCGGGAAGUGCAUUUAAUGCUGAAGAUUUGGUGGUUGGGACUCCAGCGGUCCACAGGCUGCCACAUCAGUAUAGCCACCUGCCCAUUGGUGGGUAUAAAUAGAAGCAUUUAUUUCAUUGUAAAGGGUUGUCAACUUUCUAUUCUUAGCACUCUAGCUAUAGCAUUCUUACUCGCAGCACUUCUACUGCCUCGUAAGACGAUCGGCCGACGAGCCUUAGUGAAAAGUACUGUAUUAGGGAGUUAUUAAGAGAUAAUAAUACCUAAUCACUUACUUGCUGCU